AUGCCGACCGAACGAGAUUUCCAAAUCGCACCCAUUGUGCCCGAGUCCAUCAUCAACAACUCCAGGCUAAACAAAAAUACUAACAAUCCCUCCCCCACCCAGACUCUAUCCAACCUCCAGACCCUCACUGCAUCCAUCUUCGGCGCCGCAGCCGGCAUCCUCGGCCUUGAAUCCUACAAUGGUUUCCUAUUCUACUUCAUCUUCACCAUCCUCACUACCGUCCUCUUCUACACGAUCCGCGUCGCACCUACGUCGCUAAAGGCAGGCCAUGGCCUCUUCGACACGAGCAGAUAUUUCCGAACUCAGUUUGAAUUCUGGACGGGCGGUCUCUUUGGCGGACUUGCGGGAUACAUAUUGACGUGGACGCUGUUUUACGGUUUGGUGAGAGCAUAG